AUGGCCCAUUUCUCAUCGACACAAUAUAAUUCAAUUUCUAAGGAAUAUGACGCCGUGAAUGGAUUGCCUAUAUCAAAAGCCAUCGUGAUCAAUGUCGAGCGUGUAUUAUCUCCACACAUCAAAGGUGCAAAGGUAUUAGAGCUGGCAUGCGGGACAGGUUUUUUCACGCGUCAUCUUCUCAGAUGGGGAGCCACUUCAGUUGUCGGAAUUGAUAUCUCGCAAGGAAUGAUAGAUAUUGCACAAGCUGAUUUUUCAACAACACCUGAUGCAUCGAAAUCCAAGUUCAUGGUCGCAGACUGCACACAGCCAUUCGACGUCGGCGCAGAAGGAUAUGAUCUUGUGUUCGCAGCAUGGUUGCUUAACUACUCUCCAGAUGAAGCUACAGCGGCCGCUAUCUUUGAGAACAUUUCAAAGCACUUGAAACCUGGGGGUCGGCUAGUCACAGUGAUGCCACACCCAGAAGAAGACCCGAUAGUGUGCAUAAACAAGCUCGAUCCCGUUUUUGACAAAAAGUACGGAUAUAAAGUCGUACUCAAAGAGAAGCUAGAGGUUGGUUAUCUUGUGCAUUUAUAUUUCAGUACCGACCCGCCAGUGGACUUUGGGAAUUAUUUCUUACCCAAAAGUGUCUACGAGAAGGCGGCCAGAACCGGAAACAUGAAGGGCCAGCUUUCUUGGGAGGAUAUCUCGCUCCCAAGUAACCACGACGAGGUCAACUCAUAUAUGGCAGAACCAGUGCCGGAACGCUACUUCGAUGACUGGUUGCAAUAUCCAGAUUUUGGUAUUCUUGUCGCAGAGAAAUGA